CAGUCAAACUAAUCGGCACGGUGAACGUAGUAGUAGCUAUCCUAUACCGCUACUCACGUAUCAGUGACAUACUGGAUCUACCUGUGCGCAUUUCGCCGUCUGCAGUCGCGCCUGUGAUCGGUUGGGAAGGAGUUCAAAAUUACCGUUAUUUCCUAAAAGCAACGGUACACCAAGAAAGACAACUACGCGACAAGAAAUAUCGAGCGCGAAACUGCAACUUACGGACUUCGGCGUAGUAGCCUACUGUUUGUUGCGUAUAUUAUCUGAACAGAUCUUCAGAAAAAAGAUAAAUUUAAUUUUAAACACAAAUCUUCUGUUUUUACGCUGGUGAGGAUUUUAUGUUCGCACUUUCCAGUGGAAGACUAUGGCGAGAGACUACGCUGGAAAAUGCCUCGACUUUAGGAAGAACUGUGGGCUGUCUAUGGGGUUCAUUCUCAUAAUAAUUGGAGGUGUGACGGCCUAUGUGAAGGUGAAGUCGGAGGUGGAGUCGUACCCAGGCCAGAUGGUCAACCUCAGCUGCGAGUUCAUGAGCUCUGAGGGAAUACGGCUGACACAGGUGUCCUGGAUCUGGGAGCCCAAAGAGGGGCAGAGGGAGAACAUUGCGGUGUUCCACCCGCAAUUCGGGGAUAGCUACCCGGUGUCGGCGCUCAGCGGCAGGGUGCGCUUCCUCCACGGCUCCCUGGAGAACCCCUCCAUCAGCAUCAGCGACGUGAGGAUGACCGACGAGGGGAAGUACGUCUGCGAGUACGCCACCUACCCCAGCGGCAACGAGCAGGGCACCACCACGCUGGUCAUGCUGGCCAAGCCCAAGAACACGGCCUCCGUCGUCACGGUGACAGAGGGGACGUCCGCGGUGGUGGUGGCGCGCUGCGAGUCGGCCAACGGCCGGCCCGAGGCGGAGAUCACCUGGGAGACGCAGGCGGCGGGCAAGGAGGCGCGCACCGCGCGGGCGGGCGCGGAGAACACCGUCACCGUGCUCAGCGAGUACCGCCUGGUGCCCACCGCCGAGGACGACGGCAGGGACAUCGCCUGCGUGGUCAGCCACCGCACGCAGGGGGCGCCGCAGAUCCUCCGCCUGAAGCUCUCCAUCGAGCAUCUCCCUAAGGUGAGGAUUCUGGGCUAUGACAGUGAUUGGUACAGGGGUCGCACUGAUGCCACCCUGGUCUGUGAAGCCAUUGGGAACCCUGAGCCAACCAACAUCACUUGGAAAACUGCGUCGGGCCCCCUGCCGGACACGGUCCAGGUGAGGGAGAACACGCUGACCGUGCGGCGCGUGGACGAGGCGGUCAACACCACGUUCGUGUGCGAGGCGCAGAACCGGCUGGGGGCGAGCACGGAGCAGGUCACCACGCUCAUCACGGAGCCUCGGGCCAGCCCCUCCAACACCGGGCUGGUGGCGGGCGCGGUCGUAGGCGGGCUCCUGGGCCUCCUGCUGCUCGGAGGCCUGGCCGCCGCGCUGGUGGCCCUCGGCCGCCGGAGGCACCGGGGUUACCGGGGCAACGGCGGCCCGGGGCCCUUCGGGGGCAAGAAGGCCAACAAGAACGGGGCGGGAGGCGGCGGGGGCAACAACAACGGCCCCAUCUACACCUACCGGGAGGGCGAGCCGGGGACGCUGACGGAGAAGGCCAACGACCUGCAGCUGUACGGCUCCACCCCCACCGCCCACGACAUCCUGCUGAGCAGCGAGAUGGACGAGGCGGAGCGGAGGAAGUUCGACCGGCUGACCCAGAUGGAGGACAUAGAGGACGAAGACGAGGAGAGAUACGACCACUUCGGGGGAAGCGGCCCCACCCUCCACAUCCGUCGCCACGACGACAUGAGCGGCUACCUGGACGACGACAUGGAGUCGCAGAGGGACGGCUCCAUCAUCUCCCGGACUGCCGUCUACGUCUAGAGAUAGAGGAGCAGGGGGGGUGGGAAGGACGGGGGAGGGAGGAGGGGCCAGGCCAUCAGUCAGCCUUCCUCGGGCGGGGCCCAGCCCCCUCCCCUUACGCAAGCAGACUCCUUUUAGAUUUCACCCCAAAAAAGGGAGUGCCCACAUGAGAGGCAAAGAGAGGACUAGAAAACACAAAAUGGUGUUUCGGAGAGAACAACGACGUCAUGAAAAAAAAAACCUCCCUCAAAUCGCUGAAUUUUGUUCCUCUCGUCUAGAAGCUCCAAACGUGAAGAGGAUUAAGAAACAACGUUCACCCUGCCACUAGAAUAAAUGUUCCACUGCCUGACAAAGAACUUAAGCAUUUCCUAACAUCUUCGACAGAAAACUCUUGCUCCAGAACAUAUCAAAACAACCCCGUAACUGCUGCUCUAAGCUGCCCCGCCGGAGAAUGAACUGUUCGGAGCAUUUUUAGUAUUGUUUUUGUUGUCUGUUUCGUGUUAAAUCGUCCGUGGGCAUUGUGACAAGGGGCAGGGGAAAAACAAACGACUGCUUGAUAGAGCGGUGGCGCAGCCGUGGCCGCUCUGGUUUGAGAACCCGCUCUGUGGUUUCCUCCACCUUCUCCCUGCUGUAUGGACCGGCCUCCGCCAGUGUUCGGGUUGCGUCUGCCACGCGUGCCCGCCGCUCACGCCCCACGUUUGAGAACGCGAACGUGUCCCCCUCCCUCCCCUCAUUUCAUGGGCGUACGCGCUGAGGUAUCAUCCGGGAGGAGAUUCGGUGUUGAUUAUGAAGUCUUACAUUCCGCGCGCACAUUUUAGCUUUUGCUCAGACGUUAGCGGUUGUUUAGCUGUACCGCCAGCCUGAGUGUGUUUAGGUUAGCGCUGUGCUGUAGCGAGUGUGAGAGUGAGCCCGGCGGAGGGAGCGGCUGCCUCAAGGUCUCCCUUCUUCACGCGGCCCUUUUCGUGGGGCUGGCGGCUAGCUCGUCCGAGAUGAGUGCACACCGUCUGCAGGGAGGCCGACCACCUGCUGUCGCGCUCAUCUCCAUGUCGGGCGCAACGCCAGCCGCGCGCUGGCCGAGCAGGUGAGGCACCUGCUGCUUUUGAUUGGUCGCCCUUCGCGCAUAGAUUAUCUCAGCGUUAGCCUGGCGCCCGGGGCCGACGCGAAGGUAGCCAAGCGGGCAGCGGGUGGAGAAGGAGGGGGGGGGGGGGUCGGGGGGGUUGUCUCUUAGACUUGAGCCCCGUGAAUACCCCGGGGUGCGAAUCAUGCGGUCAGCGAAGCAGAUCUGUAUAACGGCUGUAUUUGUUCGGUACGCUUGGUGUCCUUAAUGAUAAAGUAGUACAGCACAUGGCGAUCGGUUUCAUUCAGCGUGCCAACGCGUCGCACGCACGCACGCCGUUGGAACGUAGCACACAUCGUAGCCUUCCAGUGCGACGGCGCGAGAGAAGACGCGCAAGGGAGGCCGAGCUCGCUCGCUCUCUCGCCCGCUCGCCCGCCCCUCGUUUGUGUGACACACAAUCCGGCGGCUCCUGCCAGCAGCGUCGUCCCCUCCAAACUUAAGCGAUGUUGACUGAAGAUUCUGAGAGGCAAGAAUCUGGGCAGCUGGUCAAGUGUUAAUGAAGGGGGCUCUGGGUCAGGGCCCGUUUAUCAUCGACGCAGAUCAAAUAUUUUGUUGGCAAGCGAGCGUUAGAGCGCGCCUUGAGACGGCGCACGCCUCUGGACGUCUCGGGCACGCCUGGAGGACGAGGGCGUCCGUACCGCGUCGUCGUUCGGCCGGUGAACCCGCUCUGGCGUGACAGUGUGCGAUGCCUCAUGUUCCCGGUUGCGUCGCAGUGAAGAAUACCGCUGACUUUAUUUCCUGUGCUGUCUGUGAGAAUGAUGAUCUUCUUAAAUAAAUGGUGGUUGUGUUCUUCAGUGAAAGGUGUGAGUUGUGUAUAUAUCGGUGUAAGGUGUAUUUACCGUAUACACGUAGGUCUUUUUCAUUGUGUAUCUGUGAGAGGAAGUUAUCUUUGGUGUAAAUGCAGAUGUUAUUUGAGGUUUAAUGUGAAUGACUGAAAACAAAAAAACUGGAAUGUAAGUGUAUGUCAGUACUUAUUAAAUGGACUAUUUGAACUAAGUGAACACACAUACACAUACGCUGGAUAAACAUCUGUUUGAAGCACACCUUUGUGUUGAUGGGAACAACUCUCUUACAAUGGGGAAAUAACAUUGUAAUUUGGUUGAAGAUAAGACACCUGUAGUUCUCCCUGCCCCUCUCCCCCCACCCCCUUAACACUGAGAUGGUUUCUGCAGGCCUGAUGAGUCACAGGGUCUGCAGCUUGUUGUCAUUCAGCACCUGAGAGAGUAAAGUAGAAGAGUGCUUGCUUAACCUCGUUCACUUGGUUUCUUGGCUCUAAAUUGGUCUGCUAUUUUAAGAUGACAUCAAAACCACACACCCUGCUGUUCUCCAAGCCACAGACCUGGGGCCCCCUGCUCUACUGGAACCUUCUAGAAAAGGACUCGGAGUCUUCACACUGAAGUACAAACUGUCGGACAGAUCUUUUGCUGGAAGAACCGAUUUGUCACCGCAUGCAGAACAAUGGAGGACCGAGACAAUAGAGGCAGCUUGGGAUGCCCCCCCCCCCUUGUCCUUCCCUGUCCCCCCCAAUCCAGUCCCGGUUAAUAGGUUCCUCUUUUUAAAAAUAAAUUGGCUGAGAGAUCUGCAGUUCCUCUUUGAUGACGAAACAAAGCCUUAACAUUUGAACCCCAGCUGAGUCUAUCUCAUUUCCCCUCCACGCAUACUGUAGUUUAGUGUAAAUGUGUAACUGAUAAGCCAUGAAAUUACAUUUCACAUUUCGUUCAUCACUGUUGCUGUGGGCUUUGUACAUUUCUGUCAAAUGUUUUUUUCUUUUCUUUCACAAAUGGUUUCUUUUAACUGCAGAAUUUCAAUAAUAAUCACUGGCAAAGACUUUUAAAAAGUUUGAUAAGGUCCCCACUGGAAGAUGUACAUUUUCGAAAUGGUGGUGUCUUCUCAUUGUCUGCAAAACUUUUUUUCACACAAAUAUUUAGUUGCAGUUUUAGAUGUUUGUGUCACUUUAUUUUUGUAUUUUGGUUGCAAUUAAACUAUCUUAUUUUUUAACUGGCAUAA